CCCGCCCACCAUUUGAAAGCACAAGCCGCCUGCUUUUCUACACCUCCUCCCACCCAACCCACAUUCACAAACUUUCUCUUCUUUGGGAGUUGGACAUUGUCGCAAUCCAUUGCAUCUUUCCUUUCUCUACCAUCUUCCAUAUCAACUUCACCUCAAGCUCUCGCUUCAGCUAGUCAAGAUGGCCGAAACAAACAACGACGCCCAGCAUGACUUGGAGUUCAACUCCACCGAUGCCGGUGCAUCUACCACCUACCCCAUGCAGUGUUCCGCCCUGCGCAAGAACGGUUUCGUCGUCAUCAAGAACCGUCCCUGCAAGAUCGUCGAUAUGUCCACCUCCAAGACUGGCAAGCACGGUCACGCCAAGGUCCACUUGAUCGCCAUCGACAUCUUCACCGGCAAGAAGCUUGAGGAUCUUUCUCCCUCCACCCACAACAUGAUGGUUCCCCACGUCACUCGUCGCGAGUACCAGCUCCUUGACAUCUCUGACGACGGUUUCCUUUCCCUCAUGGAGGAGAACGGUGACACCAAGGACGAUAUCAAGCUCCCCGACGGUGAGGUUGGUCAGAAGAUCACCCGUCUGUUUCAGGAGGAGGAGAAGGACACCAACGUUGUCAUCCUCAGCGCCAUGGAGCAGUCCGCUGCCAUCGAGGCCAAGGAGGCUCCCAAGGGCAACAACUAAGGUGCUUGCCACGACGACGUAUGAUCUACGACGAUGACCUCUCCCAUUUGGCUCAUUUCGGUGGAGGAAACAAAACCUCUGGUCAAUGCGGAUGUCAAUCGUACGAUGCAUUUCCUCUCAGGCGAUGAUUGAGUUGUUGGCAUUUGGGAUUAAUAUCCUUUUGAGGUCGUCGCGUAGAAGGAACUCUAUCUCGACAACCAUGAUGUUUCAGCUGGGUAUAUGACGUGAUGAUGCCCACGAUUCCUCUGUUUUCAUUGACACCCUGGUCUUGCCCACCAUAUUCCCUGUCGUAAGCGAUGAGCACAUCAGAGGAUGAAGAAAAAGGGGCACGUUCAAGAUGGUACACUUGUCCUAUAGAAUCCACAAGUUUACCUACCAAAAAAA